GGCCGCCUUGGGUGGGGCGCGCGGCAUUAGCUCCUGCGCCACAGACGCAACAACAAGGCCCGUUUCGGGGGUGGGCCCCGGCGGAGAAACUGCUGCGCGCACUUUCAGGGCCUGGGAGGCGUCGGGGCUGCUGCGAGGGGAGCGUUUGAAGCACGGCUGAGCUAGGGUGCGGGGGAGGAGCAGCCGCCGCGAGUCCCGUUGGCGCGGAAAGCGGCAGUGGGGUGUCCGCCAGAAGUGCGCGGGUGGGGCGUCCGUUGGGCUCCCUUGCGCCUUCCUUCCCCUGGCAAACGCCACGAAGCCUGUGAGGAAGUCGGUGGCAACACUCGAGGGAGGGAGAAAGAAGCGCCUUUUGGUGGCUGGGGAGGGGGGCACGUGGAAGAAGCAAAGCCGUAGCCUCCCUAAAUCAUAAAGCUCCCUAAUGCACCCUGAGCUGAAAAUCUGCUUCUGACGUAAAAGAGUGCGCGCCCGUGUACGCCUUGAGCAACUGUUUAUAAACAGCCCUGCAGCUGGUGACAGGUUUUGAAAAACAAAGGUGUUGAAUGAAAAAUCUAGGGACCUUCAUUACAAGUUGGAGUGCUUAACACUAGACUGAACAAACAACACCUAGAAGUGCAAGCUGACAGAUGUGGGUGAUUGACUCAUGGCCGCAGAUGACCCAGUUCAUUCAUCCAGCGUUAACUAUAAUUUGGACACAUUCUUUAGAGAUCUACUGUACGUGAAAACUUACAGAAAGCUUUGCAGCUUCUAUACAUCUCAACAGUAUUGUACCUGAAAUCAUUUUGCUCUCGGAAUGAAGAGGAUCAGGCAGACAGUUAAAGCUGAAAAUCCAGUUCUUCAAACACUACAGAGGACAAAAAAGCAGAAAACUGGUUUUUACAACUCUCUGUUUGACACAUCUCAUCCUUUUACCUUGAUGGACUGGGGAAGUCUGCCACACCUCGUAGUCUUGCACAUCUUCCAGUGCCUGCCUCUUGUUGAUCGUGCCCGUGCAUCUUCAGUUUGCCGGAGAUGGAAUGAAGUGUUUCAUAUUCCUGAUCUCUGGAGAAAGUUUGAAUUUGAGCUUAAUCAGCCUGCUACUUCAUACUUGAAAUCUACUCAUCCAGAUCUCAUUCAACAGAUUAUUAAAAGACAUGCUAAUCAUUUGCAGUAUGUCAGUUUCAAGGUUGAUAGUAGUACAGAGUCUGCAGAAGCAGCUUGUGACAUCUUAUCUCAGCUGGUGAAUUGUUCUAUCAAGACACUUGGCUUGAUUUCAACGGCAAAACCAAGUUUCAUGAAUGUUUCCAAGGCUCACUUCGUGUCAGCGCUUACAGUAGUAUUUGUCAAUUCCAAGUCAUUAUCUUCCAUCAAGAUUGAAGACACACCAGUAGAUGAUCCAUCCUUGAAGGUCCUUGUUGCAAACAAUAGUGACACUUUAAAAUUGCUCAAAAUGAGCAGUUGCCCUCAUGUUUCACCAGCUGGAAUUCUUUGUGUUGCUGACCAGUGUCAUGGCCUUAGGGAGCUCGCUCUUAAUUACUAUCUACUAAGUGAUGAAUUGUUACUGGCUCUUUCAAGUGAGAAGCAUGUUAAUCUUGAACAUCUCCGUAUAGAUGUUGUGAGUGAGAAUCCUGGACAGAUUGAAUUUCACACUAUCAAAAAACAAAGUUGGGAUGCUCUCAUUAAACACUCCCCCAAAGUCAACAUUGUGAUGUACUUCUUCCUAUAUGAGGAAGAAUUUGAUGCAUUCUUCAGGGAGGAAACACCUGUAACUCAUCUUUAUUUUGGCCGUGCAGUAAGCAAAUCAAUGCUCGGACGUAUUGGCCUGAACUGCCCAAGGUUGAUUGAAUUGGUUGUCUGUGCUAAUGGCCUACAGCCCUUGGAUGAUGAACUCAUUCGCAUUGCUGAACGCUGUAAGAAUCUAACUGCCAUGGGGCUUGGUGAAUGUGAAGUUACAUGUCGAGGCUUCAUUGAGUUUGUAAAGAUGUGCGGAGGCAGGCUUACCCAGCUGUCAAUUAUGGAGGAAGUGCUUAUUCCAGACAAUGACUACAAUCUGGAUCAAAUUCAUUCUGAAGUGUCCAAACACCUUGGAAGAAUGUGGUUUCCUGAUAUGAUGCCAACAUGGUAAAAAAAAAAAUCAAUAAGGCAAAAGGCCGAAUUGGUUAGAACUGGCUUUACAUGGUGUUGCUUUCUAUGCAAAUAAGGAAUUUUAAAUAUAAACAUACUGAAUUAUUUUACUCAGUUAAUUGCAUACUGGCAGUGCUAUGCCAAUCAUAAAAUGGAAUAGAGUAUACUGAAUAGUGUACACAUUGAAAGUAUAUCCAUUAAGUGCUUAGUUUAUCCUCCAGUUAAUUGGAGUAUUUUUAACUGAUUUGUAUUUAAUUGUUAAGCACUUUAUUUAGUACAAGUUACUUUUGUACUAGUAUUUCUGGUGUGGCUAAACACUUUGGCCUUCUUGGUAAACUUCUGCCUAAUGGUUGUCUGGAUUUUUAGUUAAAGUGCCGUUUCUCCUGUUACUGUUCUUUUAAUCAAAAACAGUGGUUAUAUACAACUUGUAAACAACAACAGCUUAUAGUAUGAUGCUUGAGGCCUAUAUUUGUAUUAGUAUUGUGACAGUGCUCAAGCUACAACAGGACAACUGUGUAAAUGCACUAUUUCACUGUUCCCAACCCCCAUACCAGUUGAAAAAUUGCUUAUGGGCUUAUGUAACACUAUAGAAAACAUUGGUCAAUAACAUGUCCAAGAGCAGGCACCCCCAAACUUCGGCCCUCCAGAUGUUUUGGACUACAAUUCCCAUCAUCCCUGACCACUGGUCCUGUUAGCUAGGGAUCAUGGGAGUGGGAGUUGUAGGCCAAAACAUCUGGAGGGCCGCAGUUUGGGGGGUGCCUGUCCAAGAGCUUAUGGUUUUUCUAGUUAUGGGUGGAUGGUGGCACUGCAGAUGGCAGCCAUAGUGAUCACAGCAAAGGCAGUUUGGGAACAGCUCAGCCUCCUGCCACUUAUAAUUUAAGUUAUCCUCUUCAGCAAUCACUCUUCAUGUGCUCUAAGCACAGCUUGAAGCGUGGUAGAAUUGAAAAUUCACUUUCCCCCAGGAGCUUUUCUCAUCUUACCAGCCUGAUACAAACAAUCAUUUGAUUUUUUUUCUCUGCCGAACAACCCACAGAGAGAACUCUUACUACUUCCUGUACAGGAUUCCAUUAUGUAAAUAAAACAGAUACCAGCAUUGAGAAAGGAUAAUGUAUGUCUGUAUAGUGUUGAUGCUACUUAUAAGUGAUGCCUCUCCAGGAAAAUAACUUAUGUUUCUGAAUGUUCUGAUAUUAAAGAUACUGGUUACCCUAACCCAUA